AUGACGCCUUACGAUCUGUGUCGGCUGUGUUUAUCGAAGGACAACUUGGUGUGGGUAUUCGACAAUCGAUUCGAAGAGAACGAUCACAUGAAAGACGUGGUUUUCGUAACCACUGGCGUCGAGAUCCACAUCAAGGAUAUAAUCACUCAGAAAAUAUGCCACAGGUGUCUACAGGUGGCUAUUAAAAUGUUUCAGUUUCGAAAGGAGUCUUUGAAAAAUGACAAAUACCUCAAGGAUCAAUGCAGACAUGUACUUAAGAACAAGAACAUCAAAAUUCCGAAUACUGACGUCACCAUUAAGAGGGAACAGACUGAAGAACUGGAGAAAAAGGAGAGAAGCAUUAUGCCUCCCCCCGAGCUACCUUAUAAAGUGCAUCCCACCAUGGUUGCUCUGUCAAAGCAAUACCCGAAGACCCAGUUUCCUUCAAUAUGCAUUUUAUCUCACGUAGCACCUGUAGUAUCAAUGGAAAUGGAUGCUGUAGAGACCUAUUUCAGAACUCGAAAUUUGAAAAUGCAAGACUACGUCAGAUUAGCUUUAAGACUGGAUCAACCACAACCAAAGAAUCUCGAAGAAACUGCCUGUGGUAGUUCAUCUGUACUGACGGUUACAAGUAACGCUACGACUAGCCAAAGUGCUCUAACUGAUCUUCCAGCAGAAGAGAACACUGAAGAAAACAAUAGCAGAGUUCCUCCAAUAAAUAUCAUCAAAAACCAGUCCAAGGGAUACACCAUCCUAAGAAACUCGAUAGACGAGAAUGACGAAGAUAAUACGCAGAAAGACCACGAAAAGAUGAUGAGGAAGAGAAGGCGAAGACUUUCUGACGAUGAUUUGUCGGAAACGAAUUCCAAAAAAAUAGCACUAGAUCCAGAAGUUGAAAAUGCAACUGAGUCCCAAUCGGUUUUUCCUUGUGAUACAUAUAGUGAAGUAUUCGAAAAUGCCAAAGAUAUGAAUAAACAUCAGAGCCGGCAUAUACGGUGCCAGUUUUGUAAAAAGAUUUUCCUAACUGCUUCUGAAAAGCAGCUGCAUGAGGAUAGUGCCUGCCAUCACAAAAAAGCCAUAGGAAACCUGCCGGAUAUUGAAGUGACCAAGAUAGAAUAUGACAUACAGAUGAGGAAGGUUUAUCCAGAAGCCUUCAGUGAGUUUCCACCUCUGCCUGGAUCAGCUACAGUAGCUUCGAAGGAUGAGACGAUAGACAUAAUCGAGAUAUUGUCUGAUAGUGAGGAUAUGCCAUCUACCCGCUCCAGCAGCGUGAACAAAUCUCAGAAGCCGCAGAUUAGCACUUCAGUAUUGAAGCCAGACGUUAUAAUCUCUGACAGUACUUUAUUGGAUAAGGUGGGGAAACAACCCUCGGAUGUCCAUCAGCUGAAAGAACUACUUUUGCUACUUCAGAAUAAAUCGAUUCAAACGGAUUUCCCUCAAAAUGAGUCGAUCAAAGUGAAUGAGAACGCGCUAACUGUUGAGUUGACGGGUUUGAAACCUUUGGUGAACCUUUACAAAAUUCCUGUGUAUGUGAAGUUCGGACCGUUGAAAGCAACUUACAACUAUGAACCAGUCAGGAAGGAACCAAAGAAGCUCUACUACUGGAAUGAUUUGAAGCCCAUCGACGUAAAAAGUAAAACUGCGAAAAAAAUCGCAACGGUUGAACAGUCUCCGAAACAAAUUAAUCGAAAUUCUGUACCUGUUACUACUAGAAUUAAUGGUAGUUGUGUAUCUAAUGAUCAUAUUGAUAGUAAGUUUGUACCUGGUUCUAGCACUGAAAAUAAUCCAAUACGUGUGGUGAAAAGUAAAGAUGUGAGCAAUGAAAAUUCAAAAUCCGGUAAUAAAACUACAAAUCCUGUACCUGGUUCUAGCACCGAAAAUAAUCCAAUACGUGUGGUGAAAAGUAAAGAUGUGAGCAAUGAAAAUUCAAAAUCCGGUAAUAAAACUGCAAAUCCGAAAAAAAUAGGCACGAAACCGUCAAUGCCAAAAAUUGACACAGCAUCAUCAGAAAGAAACUCGGCUAAUCAGGAAAAAACACCUGUUAGGAUGAACUGUAUCAUUAAACCGAAAGAUUAUUUUCUCAAUCGAUCAAAAAUAUCCCCAAGUGCAACUGAUUCUACCAAAAAUAUUAAUUCCUCGAAGCUCAAAACCUCAACUACAUCUAAAUGUAAAACUCCAGGCUCAAUGGAACCAAGUCCCAGUCAACUGACCACACCAAAUACUACCAAUUCUCCUACUCAGCUUGCACUCAUAUUGAAUAGCAAAUUUAGUGAAACGACUUUUACUCCUACUGAUGACCCCUCUCUUUCAUCUGCUGCAGAUUUGACGUUGAGUAACCUUCUACAAUCUUCCGAUACUCCGAAUAUCUCUGUGUAUGCUUCUGUUGGUCCUACUGGGCAGAUUUUUUCAAAUGAAAUUAGUUCCGAUACUGGUUCAAAUGCUGGUGCAUUUAAUCUGAGUCAACCUUCCACUAGCAUACCUUCGAAUACUUCUAGUACAAUCGAGCAAAAUCGAAACAACACUGCCUACAUACCACCACACAUACCUUCAAAUGUUCGUACACCAAGAACAUCCCAUGCUAAUAAUCCUAUACCUUCUCAAAUGCAUCCAACUGUACUCAUACCAAGAACAUCUCCUAUUGAUAAUCCUGCACCAAGAAUAUCCCCUAUUAGUAAUCCUUCCAUGCCCUCUCGGGUCCAUUCAAAUGCAUUGAUACCGAGAACAUCCCCUGUUAAUAAUCCUUCCAUGCCCCCUCGGGCCCAUUCAAAUGCACUGAUACCGAGAACAUCUCCUGUUAAUAAUCCUUCCAUGCCCCCUCGGGUCCAUUCAAAUGCACUGAUACCGAGAACAUCCCCUGUUAAUAAUCCUUCCAUGCCUCCUCGCAUACAUUCAAAUGUCCUGAUACCAAGAUCAUCCCCCAAUAAUGAUAUGUCUUCCAUACCUCAAAAUCAUCCGAAUGUUUGUUUAACAUCCCCUAAUAAUCAACCUGUCCCCACACCAUCUCAGACUCAUCCAAAUGUAAUCGUACCAAGAUCAUCUCCUAAUAAUACACCUUACAUGCCAUCUCAAAUUCAAUCAAGAAUACACACACCGAGAACAGCCCUGAAUUAUAAUCAUUCCAAUACAGGUGUACCCAUAGGUGAUUAUUCUUCGUUCGCGUCUGUUUUUAACCAUCCAAAUAAUGUGACUGUACCAAGAACAUCUCCAAAUAUUUUAUCCAAUAUGUUAUCCUCAGGAAUGAGUGUGCGAGACCUUUCUUUCACUGCUGCUCAUAAUCCAGAUAAUAUAUCGCCUAAUAAUAAUGUACAUCCAUUCGACACCACCAUCUCGUACAAUAAUGGUACGAACGCAAGUUCUUUCAAUGCCCCUACUCCAUAUUCUAGCAAUAAUCAACAAUCUAUGCUGCCCCCUCAAAACAUGAAUAGUUACUAUUCAAACGUUAAUCAAAAUCAGCAACAGCAGCAUCAACAAUGCUACUCCAACAUACAUAAUGUACAUAAUGGACAAGUAUAUUCUAACCCCGCUGUUUCUAAUGCCAAUAGCAUAGGCAUACCACAUAUGCCAGUUAAUGCUAAGGUAUGGACUCCCUCAGUUUCAGAAUAUGGCAUGACCAACAAUAAUGGAUAUGUUGAUAUGAUUGCUGAUGUCAAUGCUAUACCUGGUGCAAACUAUCGUGGGAGAACCCCUAAUAUUAACAUGUAUAAUAAUAAUACACCUAUAAAUAAUUAUAUUCACAAUCAACAGUAUUCUGCCAUUCCUCAUAACAGUCAGAGUUACAUGAGGCCACCACCACCACCUCCUUUUGAAACUGCUUUACUUAAUUUAGCAAAUAAUCAUAGAACAUCGAGUGAUAAUCUUAGCAAUGUAAAAAACGCUAUUAGAGUUAAGAAUUUGCAUGAAUUAAGGUAG